AUGUCAUCGAAACCCGCCCUCAACUACGACAUCCUUCUGGAGGUCCUCAAGUGGUGCGCAUGCCCUGGAGACUGCACCCGCUUCAUGGAGAUUAGUCGAUUUUUCUACACCCACGGCUUCGACGCGCUGCUCUCGCACACCAUAUCAAUUUCAACGCAAGACGUCCUCUUGCGCUUCCUCGCCUGUUUGCAGAAGGAUCCCGACAAGCGCUCCAAAUAUGUCCGUUCUGUACGAUUCGGUUUCUUCGACCUGAGCGAGCCCGCGGGUCUGGAGCUGGCCACCGCAUUGCGCCGGAUGUCGAACCUCGAAACACUAUCAAUCUCGUACAGCGAAGAUACGCUCUUGUCGCACCCCGACCUUCCAGACGCAUUUGCUUCGCUCAGCUCUGUCCGAGAGCUUAACUUGGGCUAUGUAGGAGAAACUGCCAUGGGUAUGCUCCAAGCGCUCCGCUCCGCGCUCGUCAGCGUCGAUAUC